UCAUAGGUCAGCUGUGAAGCCAUUCGUCAGCCCCUCUCCAGCUCGCAGGCGCGUCCCCGUGCCGCUCCGCGUGCCGGAAUGUGUUCAUGACGCAGCGUGAACGCGCCAGGCUCAACUCCACACUCCUUCUGGUCCGUCACUAGUUUUUUUUUACAUUUUUUUUUUCAAUUUCUCACACUCUUGUCUCCCUCCUCCUCCUCCUCCUCCUCCUCCACCACCUCCUCCUGCUCGUCUCUCUCCAGCCUCAUGUUCACACCACCGCCGAGCCGGAGCAGAUUCCCUGUCCAGCCCGACACACAGAGCCCGCUGCCGGGGGCCGGCGGAGUCCACUGAGCGGUGCCAGGAUGCGGUGCCACAAGUUUUUGGGACCGUGUUCGGUUGGAUUUUAUAUUUGUGCCGCAAUGCUUUUCAAAGGCUCCCUGCAGGGAGAACACCAGAGGAGGCUGUACAAGGAGCUGCUGGCUAACUACAACCGACUGGAGAGACCUGUUGUCAAUGACUCAGCCGCCAUCCUGGUGGAGCUGGGCCUCACGCUGCUGCAGAUCAUAGACGUGGAUGAGAAGAACCAAGUGCUGAUGACGAACGCCUGGCUGCAGCUGUACUGGACAGACAUCUACCUGAGCUGGAAUCCAGACAAUUACCCCGGUGUCCAGAACCUGCGAUUCCCUUCAGACCAGGUCUGGACCCCUGACAUCCUCCUUUACAACAGUGCAGACGAGCGGUUCGACGCCACCUUCCACACCAAUGUUCUGGUGAAUGCUUCGGGUUACUGCCAGUACAUUCCCCCGGGCAUCUUGAAGAGCACCUGCUACAUCGACGUGCGCUGGUUCCCUUUCGAUGUGCAAAAGUGUGACCUGAAGUUUGGCUCCUGGACGCACAACGGCUGGCUGCUGGACCUCCAGAUGCUGGACGUGGACACAUCCACAUACAUACCCAACGGGGAGUGGGACCUCGUGGGUGUGCCAGCCAAGCGUAACGAGCUGUAUUACGAUUGCUGUAAGGAGCCGUAUCCCGAUGUGACAUUCACAGUCACCAUGCGACGCAGGACAUUAUAUUAUGGCCUCAAUUUGCUCAUUCCCUGUGUGCUGAUCUCUGGCUUGGCCCUGCUGGUCUUCUUGUUACCUGCAGACUCUGGAGAAAAGAUUUCUCUGGGCAUCACUGUGCUCCUUUCGCUAACCGUCUUCAUGCUUCUGGUAGCAGAGAUCAUGCCCGCGACGUCUGACUCUGUUCCUCUCAUCGCCCAGUACUUCGCAAGCACCAUGAUGAUUGUGGGAAUGUCCGUGGUGGUGACAGUUAUAGUCCUGCAGUUUCACCAUCAUGACCCUCAUGGAGGCAAGAUGCCCAAGUGGGUUCGGGUGGUUCUGUUAAACUGGUGUGCCUGGUUUCUCCGUAUGAAACAACCUGGCGAUGAGCGCAAGCGGCCUGGUUACAAGUACCGCCAUGCCACCCAGCACCACUCAAGCACCAGCUCCAUAGAGAUGGGCAACCUGCCAAGCCUCAGCGUUCCCCUCUCUCAGACUUCCUGCCCUCCUUGCCCCACAGGCACCUCUAACGGUUCCAUGAGCCUCUACUUCAGCAACUACCACCCCAUAGAGAGCUCACACUGUCCACCUUCUAGCGACUCCGGGGUAGCACUAGGGGGACGUGCCCAUGGCACCCCGAGUGAUGAGGCUGAGCCACCUGGAGGAGUUGGCAGUGUUGGAGGCCUGGGGAUGGGAGGUGGAGGGGGUAUGGGCAUCAGCAUCCCCCCACCAGAGAUCCAGCGCAUCUUGGAGGAGGUGUCGUACAUAGCUCAGCGGUUCCGAGACCAGGACCAGGCUGAGGCCGUCUGCAGCGAGUGGAAGUUUGCAGCAGCGGUGGUGGACCGGCUGUGCCUGGUGGCCUUCUCUCUCUUCUCCAUCAUUUGCACCUUCACCAUCCUCAUGUCAGCACCCAAUUUCAUAGAGGCUGUUUCAAAGGACUUCACAUAGCUGGUCACAGCAGCAAUAGAGAGAUUAUGGAUGAAGAAGGGAAAGUGGAUAGGGGGGAGGAGAUAGUGAAGAGGGCAGUAUGUGGUCCCCAACCUACAGUUUGGGCAACGUAUUGGAAAGGAGAUGAGCCACUUAGUUUUUUUUUUAUGAGACACAUUGUAAAUAAAGCCUUGCAGCUCUCCCAAGCUGCUGAAUCAUGUAGUUAACAGAACCAAUCAGGAAACACAGUACUCAGUACAGUAUUAAAAAAAUAAGUAAGUUGAUAGAGGCAUUAGAGCAUUCAAAAUAUAACAUACAUUCAUGUCCUACUGUGUUUUGUCAGUUGUUCACAUUUAGAAGAGGGAAAGACUGCAAACUGGGGAGAGAAAGGUUGGGACCUACUGGGGUGGUAAAGAGAGAGCUGUAUAGGUUUUCUUUUUACAUAUCGAGCAAGAUAUCAAUAACAGGGAAAUAAUGUGGCUGCAAAUGUCUCCUUACCCUGAAACAGUGUGAAUAUCAUUGUAUUAUCUGCACUUUUCAUUAAAAAAACAGCACCACGGUCCACCUCACUGCUUCUGUAGUUCAUUUCAAUCAUCCUAACUACUGUAGUCCUGUAAUGUAUGUACUAUCACGUCAGUCUGAGCUCAUACACCAACUGUUCACUUUCUAAACUGUCGAUAAGGACGUAAUAUACUUUUUCUGACGAUGUACCAUCACUGUAAUGAUGUUUGGUUAGUGACUAGGAUGAGAUGUCUCACUGUGAAUUCUGUCAUUUUUGCUUUUGUUUUAGAUCAACAGAGCAAUUGACGCAAGUUUAGGAUCACUUUUCACUUUGUCUCACCUGUUUUACUUUAGCUGAAUCUGUAACAUAAAAAUAAUAAUAACAACAGCUGGGACAAUGUAUAUAUAUGAAACAUCAAGGAUAUUGUAUCAAAAAGGUCUGUGCUGACUUGUUUGUGCUGGCGUUGGCCGGCUACUGAAUAGGGGUCAGUAUCCAAAGUCUAAAAAGAAAGGAAUAAACAGUUUUUUCCUGAAAUCAGUCAUUUUGAAACAUUGCUUGUGUAUGGUUAUAAUGGUCUGUUUAAACCAUAAGAGAGAGAGAUGGAGUGGAUUAAAUGAUAGCAACUGGUCAGUAGGCUAUACAUACAGGAUAUUACAUAACUGAGGAUAAACAGAGAAUCCCUUUGUCACUUUGUCUCACCUGUUUUACUUUA